AUGAUGUGCUGUGCGAGAGCUCAGAAGACGGUUGAUUCGCAUCGCCUGGCCGUGAACGUCACGAAGAGACGAAGAUAUGAGAUGAUUAAAGAGCUCAACCAGAAAAAUGCACUUCUUCGACUGCUCCGUUGGUAUCACCUUCUCGAACUAUUCGAGCAAUGUGGUGGUUCUCGGACCCGUUACAGCAUGGGAUAUGUAAACAUGACAUCUGCGGAUUUCGAACAUCCGAAACGGGGAGCAGGAAACCCUAGCAGGAAAGAUGAUGCUAAGAUAGCGCAAGCGAUGAUGAAAGAGUUAUUCCCCGACCUAAGUCCUACGAGUCCUGUGUAUGCCCAGGAGUACGUUGCCAUCAAGCAUUACCGAAAAGUGGGACAGCGACUCUAUAUACUCACCGACCGGUUCGGUCCAGGAAUCCUUGGUCUCACUUUGGACCCCACUCAUGAGUCGGAGAUAUCAGAUACCACGCUGUUAAAUCCGAGAAAUGGGACAUUUCGUGAUUUUGUAGAUCUCCUCGAAGAAUCGCAUGGACAAUGGUUGAGUAGAUGCAGCGAUGCAGCUUUCUUGUUGCUUCGCCCAUUGCUCGAGUUUACCCUCGACAACACCGCGCCUUUUCGUUUGGAGCUUACGGAUCCCGAAUGCAUUUGCAUGCAGCCUAAGUGCUCCGAGUCUCUUCUGAAGCUUAUUGCCUAG